AUGGUCAAAGGCCGUUAUGGGUGCAAGCUCACCAGACUGCAGAAACAGUUCUGUGAAGAAAAUGGUGCUCGACACGCUGCUCAAGCUGCUGCUGCUCAAAACCCAACUGCAAAACGCCCACACAAUGUUGACAGUAGCCACGAUCUUCACGCACACAUAUCUAUUGAUGUUACGAACAUGGGCCAUCCCUCUGUCAGAACUGUGUACUACCCAGCACCCAAAGUCACACUAGCAACACCUGCAUGUACAGAGGCCGAUGGAAGUAUCUCAGAGACUCUCAACUUAGAAACCAAUUUCGACGCUGUGGACGACGCUUACGUUGACUUUCUGGCGGAACAAAACACAAACGCUGAGCCUGUGAAAAGCAAACAAGAUCGUACUCCAGGGGAAUUCAUCAGGCUUGAGGCACGAGGAGAUGCUCCUUGGAGCCACGCAUGUCAUGGCCUACCAGACUGUGCGAACGAACCUACAGUUUGUUGCAGAGAUUGCGAAGGGCUCCAACUCUAUUGUCAGUUUUGCAUUGUGUCGCUUCACAGUGCGAUGCCAUUGCACAAUGUUGAGAUUUGGACGAACACAUACUUUCAGUGGAUUUCCCUUCGGUGCGACAAUCCUGUUCACACAUUCGACUUCACAGUUUUGGACAUAAAUGGUAUACAUAGUGUCUCGCUCUUUUUCUGUAAUUGCGCAACUGCCAAGACACGUACAAUCCAAAUCUUAUGCUCACGAUGGUACCCUGCGACAUCAACUGAUCCACGAACUGCCGCCACCUUCCGUCUUCUUGACAAUUUCCAAAUGUACACCUUCGAGUCCAAAGGCUCUGCCUUUGAAUAUUGGCAGACUCUGUCUCGCCUGUCAGACAAUACGGGAACAAAUCCGCCCAAGCCUGGGGAGCUCGCUGUCCCAUGCCCUGCUUGCCCUCAACCUGGCAGAAAUCUCCUGCCAGGUUGGGACAGUGCUCCUCCAAAUGACAGAUGGUUAUUUGCCUUGUUUCCUGGAAUUGAUGCAAACUUCCGAAUGUGCUGCCGUAAUAAGUCAUCAGAAGAAGCAGAUCCAAGCCUGAGCACGGGGUGGGCAUACUUCAUAGAGGAAUUGAGCUUCAAAGGGCUGUUGGCCGAGCAUGCUGGACAAACUCAAGAGAAAAGCUCUUGUGCUAGCCACAAUGCGGUGAACUUCGCGGAUUCCAAGAACAUGCGCGGCCUUGCAGCAACAGGCAUUGGCACAACUUCAAGCAGGCCGUCUGCCGUCAGAGAUCUCCAAAAGGGCGAGAAAUACGUGAACAUGGACUUUUUAUUUUUCUCAACAUUGACACAUUCCAGUGACCUGGCGGUUUUUAAUAUAUCAUACGAUAUUGUGUGCCAGUGGAGCAAACACCUCUGGACAUGCAUGUCACGCUAUCCUUCGACGCUUCAUUUUUCUCCUGGCAGCAAGAUGAUCACAUUUCUCACACACAUUCCCGCUUGUCAAACCACCUUCUCAUUCAAUCUCAUUAAAGGCAUGGCCAGAACAGAUGGGGAAGCACCGGAGAGAGCAUGGUCAAAUAUUAAUCCCGUGGCAACCAGUACCCGUGAGAUGGGCCCUGGCUCGAGGCGGGAUACCCUCGACGACCAUUUCAGUGAUUGGAAUUGGUGCAAGGUCUCCAACUUCGGGCCCUUUCUCUUGCAAAAGUUGAAGGAAGCUAUCCCACAGCAGGACCAACAUGUGUUGGACCUGAGGGACUUUGAGGAGGCCAUUCCAACAGAGAGCCUUACAUCAUGGCAUCAAAUGGUGGAAGAAUGGGAGGCUGACCGCUCCAAACCUAAUCCAUGCCGCCUUGCCACUGAUAAGGCAGUCAUUGGUAUGCACUCCACUGAUAUCCAGCUUUCAGCCUUACAGCAGUGGACAAAUACGUUGCACCGCCGACUGGAGCACUGGGCGAAAAUCCAAACUCUUUAUAUGCCACCUGACGACUUGGGCCCCGGGUCUGAGGAAGAAGCAGUCCAUAACACCAAGUUGUGGCUACCUUCUGCAGUCCUCAGACUACUCAUGCAUUGCGACACUAACCUCACACGUAUUGAGUGGCAGCUCCAUAAUUUGCAUCUCAAAUGCCACCUUACGGGAUUCAAGAGAGAUUGGAUUACGGGACAGCGCACUCACACACGGUCGCGAGGUAUCAUUGACACCGUUCAAAAGAAGAUCGAUGCUGCCGCGACCAAGUAUAACAUUGCUUGGAGUGCACUCGAAGUUCUGGCUGAGGCGCUCUUGGAGGUAGAGUGGAUGAACCAGUUCCCAAAGCUGGAGAAAGAUGAUAUAUGGGGAAUGACAGAAGUGCAAGCUGCCAGUGAAUCCCAGACUGAGGGACGGAGACUGGUGGCUAUCUCAUGGAUAUGGAAGCAGUCCCAUGGUGCUGGGCAAGAAGAACUAUCUGACGCGAUGCAUAUAGAAUGGUGUAAGGCGCAUGCAUGGGCCAGUCGGUGGUCUGAGGAAGUCGAGCUCCUCCAGGAGGAAAUGCAGGCGGGAACACAGAAGGUAGUACUUCCAGGAACACGGAGGGCAGAAGCACAGGGCGCAGUAUAG